AAGGAAAAGGAAAUUAAAGAAAGAGACUCAAUCCCCAUUCCAAUAUUCCAUUGAACAAUGCCCUUUUUGUUUUCUCGAAUUCCAACCAUUCCCUUCAGAAACCUCCAUUCAUUCACUCUCUCUCUCUCUCUCUCUUAAUAUUCUCCACCCUAAAGAUAAGGGGAAAUCAUUUAUUAAUAAACCAUACCCUAUUCUUUCCUCCCUCUUUCUUCUCCUUAUUCUUUUAUUUUAUCUCUCCGUGGAAAAGGGUCUCUAUCUCUCUUUCUCUUUCUUCUGAUUAUUAAAUACCAAUUACUUUUCCCUUAAAAUCUUUCUCCCAAAAGAAAAGAAAGAAAGAAAGAAAGAAAGAAAGAAGUGAGUCUGUUGCUUUCUCCUUUUUCUGGCAAAACUAUCUGCUAUAUACAUUUAAUGUAGUUCUUAUUAAAUAUUUAUUAUUAUCAAUCAAUCCUACUCUAUAUAAUUAAAAAAGCAAAGCCUAAGUAUAGUUCCCGUCCACGUCUAUCGAUCUCUUCAUCUCUUCCUCAACACCAAUGCAAAUAAAAUCAUAAGCCACUCAUGAUUUAAUCAACACCAUAUCUCUCUCUCUCUCUCUCUAGCUACUUCUACUUUUCAACUUUCUACUUUCUACUUUCUACUUUUUCUUCUUUAAGAGACCUUUCAUUACAAAAAGUUUUUUCUUUUUCUAGAUCCCAAUAUUCCAUAUCUUCUUCUCCUGCGCACAGUAAUAAUGUUCCCUAACCACACCACUAAAAUGAUGAGAAGAACUAGUAUUACUACUGCUACUACUUCAUCAUCAUCAUCAUCGUCAUCGUCAUCAUCAUCAUCAUCUAUGCCAGACCUUUCGUUGCAGAUUAGCCCACCUUCGAUUCCAGAUUAUUAUCAUGCCAUCACUACUACUGAAGCUAAUAAUAAUAAGAAUAAUAGUAAUGAGGUAUUACUACUGAGGAGCUCAACCACCACCGAUUCAGGUAGCAGUACUACUACAGGCAGUGAUUUAAGCCAUGAAAAUGGUUUAGAGAUCAAAACUACUAUUACUACUAAUUGUUAUAAUCAGGAGCCCACCUUGAGUUUAGGUUUUGAAACCAAAGAUAAUAAUCCACCACCACCACCAGUAUCAGUAGUACCAGCUGUACUGCUUCAUCAUCUACCUAGAUCAAGCUUUAACAAUACUAGUACUAAUAAUAAUAUUAGCAUUGAUCAUCAUAAGUACCAUUUCCAUGGUCACCAAGCUCAGAUAUAUGGGCGUAGUGGUGAGUUAAUGAAGAGAAAUCCCAGAUCGAUUGGUGGAGUAAUGAAGAGAAGUGUUAGAGCUCCUAGAAUGAGAUGGACCACAACCCUUCAUGCUCAUUUUGUUCACGCCGUUCAGCUUCUUGGUGGCCAUGAAAGAGCAACACCGAAAUCUGUAUUAGAGUUGAUGAAUGUUAAGGAUCUAACCCUAGCUCACGUCAAGAGUCAUUUACAGAUGUAUAGAACAGUGAAGAGUACUGACAAAGCAGCAGGGCAAGGACAAGGGCAGACAGAUUUGGGUUUAAACCAAAUUAGGAGAGUAGUAGGGAUUAAUAAUAACAAUAAUAAGAACAUUGUUAAUGAUGAGCAUGAGCAUGUAGAUGGAUCAGAUGGAGUAUUAUCUUCCGAGAUAUUAGCUCAACCCCACUUAGGACUACCAACUAAUUCCCAUUCCCAUGUAAGUACUCGUCCCAUUGAAAGAAGCAUUUCAAGUCAUGAAAAUGGUUGGACAGUUGCUGAUCAUGAUCAAGAUUUCAGAGAAAAUGGUGCCAAGGUGGAGAAAGUGAGUUCAGGCUCAUCAUUGUCAUUGUCAUCUUCUUCGAAUAUGCGUCUUAACCUUGAGUUCACCCUUGGAAGGCCAAGCUGGCAGAAGGACUAUGCUCAUCAUCAUGACUCAUCCAACGAAGUACUAACCCUUCUCAAAUGUUGAAUUAAUUAUAUAACAUAAUUAUUAUUAUUACUUCUACAACUACAUAACGUUAAUUAAUUUUCUCACUCUGUCGGUGGUUGCAAAAAUAUCAAAUGUACACCUACGCAUUUGUUCCAUUUUCCCCCCAAUUUUGUCUUUCUUAGUUUUGUCAUAGUACGUACGUAGUUAUAAUCAUAUUAUGAGGAUGGGAACUGUGGUUAUAUUACAUGCUCUCUAAUAUAUUAUAAUAUUUGUGCUAUCUAUAAUAAUUAGUUUGUUCUCUUUAUAUAAAAUUUUAUAUAUUCUCGGACAAAAUGGAUUAGACGCAAUUCAUAACUCGC